AUGUCGUCCGAUUCGUGGAUUUUAGACGAGAUUCCAUUACCGAAACUCGGCACUCUCGGCCAAGGCAGCCAUGGCUACGUCUCUCUGGUUCGAACCUCCGACGGUCUACUUAUGGCUAAGAAAACAUCUUUCAGAAAAUACUCAGAGCAUCUCGAGAAGGAGUUACGGAUCUUGCGUCACUUCCACUCCAUCAGAUUCAACAUCGUAAGACCCACAAGCCCAAUUGUCUCCUACGAAACCAUGCCAGUCAACGUCAAUGUCUGCUCUAUUUACAUGGAAGUCGCUCCACAUGGCUCACUCCAAGACAUGAUAGACAAAGCCGGUGGGAAGUUACCGGAGAACGUGGCCGGUUAUUGCAUUCUCCCAGUUCUUGAAGGCCUUAGGGAUCUUCACAAAGACGGUUACGUCCAUUGUGAUCUCAAACCGGAGAACAUACUUAUCUUCCCGAGCUACGCUCAUGGAGAGCUUUGUGAUCUCAAACUUCCUGAUUUCGGUUUAGCUAAGGUGCCUAAUGGGCCGAAUCCAGUGGCUGGCUCUCUGUUCCAAGGGCAUCCGGAGUAUUUGGCUCCUGAGGCGGUAGGUAAAGGUGGGAACAUCUCGUCUGCGGUUGAUAUUUGGUCUUUAGGUUAUAUGGUAAUUGAGAUGUUAGGGGUUGUGAACAACGUUGUAAAAGGUAGAAGUAGUGAUAACUUGUCGGAGAGGCUACCGCCGAUGGCUUGGGACUUUGUGAGGAGAUGCAUAGUGCGCAAUCCGGAGGGUAGAGCCACGGCGGAGGAGCUAAUGAGCCAUCCUUUUGUUAGACAAAGUUUUGGGGAUCAUCCACCGGUUGAGCUUCUUCCUGUUCCUUCUUGCUUACGUAACGGAGUAGUUGGAGGAAGGUUUUUUUAA